AUGAAUGCAAGCCCACAUGCGUUUCACAACGUGCGCAAACAAUCCCUUUCCACCACAGAGCAACCACUAAGCAAUCCACGAAGCAGGUCAGAAUCAAAGAGCAAGCCACGAAGCAAGACAGAAUCAAAGAUCAAGAUAGAAUCAAAGACCAAGCCACAGAGCAAGACAGAAUCAGAGAUCAAGACAGAAUCAAAGAGCAAGCCACGAAGCAAGACAGAAUCAAAGAUCAAGAUAGAAUCAAAGACCAAGCCACAGAGCAAGACAGAAUCAGAGAUCAAGACAGAAUCAAAGACCAAGCCACAGAGCAAGACAGAAUCAGAGAUCAAGACAGAAUCAAAGACCAAGCCACAGAGCAAGACAGAAUCAGAGAUCAAGACAGAAUCAAAGACCAAGCCACAGAGCAAGACAGAAUCAGAGAUCAAGACAAAAUCAAAGACCAAGUCACGGAGCAAGACAGAACCAAACCCCAAACGCAAGUCGGUGCCUCAGACGCUUCCCGAAAUCAAGCCGGACGCCAGACACGACCAAGACACGGUGGAAUAG